AUGGCAAGGAAUCAAUGGAAGGAGAUCAUAAUGCAAAGAGGAGGAGGAGGAGAAGAAGCUGUUUCAGUUGGCAAUGGUUAUCUCAUCUUCUGGUUGAUUUUAGUAACAUUUUCAGUUCUGUCAGCCAUGAUUUUCUCCUGUGCUGAUGGUGCUGCUGCUGUGCCAAGAAGCAAAAACGAUGUUACAGAAUCAAGUGUUUAUGUGGGCACUGGUUCUGCUUGUGCUACUGCUUGUGGAGCUGGCUGUGGUGCCUGA